UUCUGCAAAUCAACUCAUUCGGUUUAGUAGUAACUAACUUAUUUCAAGGCAUGUUAGUUAUAGUUUUAGUUGGAGUCUUAGUUGCAUCUGCCAACUCGGCUUCGUACAAAACGCCGGCUGCACAGUAUGCAAACGCAAAAGCUGCAGGUCCUGUUUUUUGGCCUCGUUACUUGAAUCCAGAAACAGGUCGAAAUCCUUGGAUAUUUCGAACUCGUUACUUAGCACCUGCACCUGCUCCAGCUCCAUACGCUGCACUAGCACCUUAUCCCACACGCCUUGCAGGUCCAAGUCUAGCAUCUUACGGAGCCCCAGUAUCUCCUCCAUCACUUUAUACAUCACCUACUCCUGCACCUGCUCCCGCGCCCUACGGCAGCUCUGGUGCAGCAUCUUACGGAGUUCCAGGACCAGCCCCAGCACCUUACGCUGACCCACAUGUGGCACCUAGCUCACCACUCUAUGCAGCACCAGCACCUGCUCCAUCGUCCUACGGCAGCCCUAGUCCAGCAACUUAUGGAUCCUCAGCACCCCGCGAUGUCCCUAGUACAACAUCUUACGGAGACUCAACAUCUGCCUCAGCACCUAGUCCAGCUACCGCCUUUACUCUCUUAGUAGUACCGGCACCUGACCCAGCACCCUAUGGAGGACCAAAUCCAUCACCUGCCCCUUCACCCUACGCAGCACCGGCACCUGCUCCAUCAGCUUAUGCCAGCCCUAGUCCAGGUCUUUAUGGAGGCCCAGCACCUGGUCCAUCACCCUACGCAGCACCGGCACCUGCUCCGUCAGCUUAUGGCGGUCCUAAUCCAAGUCCUUAUGGAGACCCAGCACCGGCACCUUCUCCAUCAGCUUAUGCCGGUCCUAGUCCAGGUCCUUAUGAUGACCCAGCACCUGGUUCAUCACCCUGCGCAGCACCGGCUCCUGCUCCAUCAGCUUAUGGCGGUCCUAAUCCAAGUCCUUAUGGAGACCAAGCACCGGCACCAGCUCCAUCAGCUUAUGCCGGCCCUAGUCCAGGUCCUUAUAGAGGCCCAGUACCUGAUCCAUCACCCUACGCAGCACCGGUACCAGCUCCAUCAUCUUAUGACGGCCCUAGUCCAGGUCCUUAUGGAGGCCCAGCACCUGGCCCAUCACUCUACGUAGCACCGGCACCUGCUCCAUCAGCUUAUGGCGGUCCUAAUCCAAGUCCUUAUGGAGACCCAGCACCGGCACCUUCUCCAUCAGCUUAUGCCGGUCCUAGUCCAGGUCCUUAUGAUGACCCAGCACCUGGUUCAUCACCCUGCGCAGCACCGGCUCCUGCUCCAUCAGCUUAUGGCGGUCCUAAUCCAAGUCCUUAUGGAGACCAAGCACCGGCACCAGCUCCAUCAGCUUAUGCCGGCCCUAGUCCAGGUCCUUAUAGAGGCCCAGUACCUGAUCCAUCACCCUACGCAGCACCGGUACCAGCUCCAUCAUCUUAUGACGGCCCUAGUCCAGGUCCUUAUGGAGACCCAAAACCUGGUCCAUCACCCUACGCAGCACCGGCAACAACUCCAUCAGCUUAUGAUGGCCCAGCACCUGGUCCAUCAGCCUGCGCAGGACCGGCACCUGCUUCAUCAGCUUAUGCCGAUUCUAGUCCAGGUCCUUAUAGAGGCCCAGCACCUGAUCCAUCACCCUACGCAACACCGGGACGAGCUCAAUCAGCUUAUGACAGCCCUAGUCCAGGUCCUUAUGGUGACCCAGCACCUGGUCCAUCACCCUACGCAGCACCGGCACCUGCUCCAUCAGCCUAUGGCAGCCCUAGUCCAGCUCCAUACGGAGACCCAGCACCCUGCGGGGGCCCUAGUUCAACAUCUUACGGAGACCCAACGUCUGUCUCAGCACUUAACGCCGGGCCUAGUCCAACUACUGCCUUAAUAGCACAGGCACCUGACACAGCACCAUACGAUGGACCAAGUCCAUCACCUGCCCCAUCACCCUACGCAGCACUGGCACCUGCUCCAUCAGCUUAUGGUGGCCCUAGUCCAGGUCCUUAUGGAGACCCAAAACCUGGUCCAUCACCCUACGCAGCACCGGCAACAACUCCAUCAGCUCAUGGCGGCCCAGUACCCGGUCCAUCACCCUGCGCAGGACCGGCACCUGCUCCAUCAGCUUAUACCGAUCCUAGUCCAGGUCCUUAUGACGGCCCAGCACCUGCCCCUUCACCCUACGCAGCACCGGCACCUGCUCCAUCAGCUUAUGGCGGCCCUAAUCCAAGUCCUUAUGGAGGUCCAGCACCGGAAUCUUCUCCAUCACCUUAUGCUGGUCCUAAUCUAGGUCCUUAUGACGGCCCGGCACCUGGUCCAUCACCCUACGAAGUACCGGCACCUGCUCCAUCCGCUUAUGGCGGCCCUAGUCCAGGCCCUUAUGGAGGCCCUUCACCGGCACCAGCUCCAUCAGCUUAUGGUGGCCCUAGUCCAGGUCCGUACGGAGCCCCAGCACCUGGCCCAUCAGACUACGCAGCUCCGGCGUCUGCACAAUCAGCUUAUGGCGGCCCUAAACCAGGUCCUUAUGGAGGCUCAUCACCGGCACCACCUCCAUCAGCUUAUGGCGGCCCUAGUCCAGGUACUUACGGAGCCCCAGCACCUGGCCCAUCAGACUACGCAGCUCCGGCGUCUGCACAAUCAGCUUAUGGCGGCCCUAAACCAGGUCCUUAUGGAGGCCCAGCACCUGGUCCAGGAUUUCGUCCAGCAGCAGCAUCAGCAUCAGGACCCUAUGUAGGCUCAACUCCACCAUCUUAUGCUGCACCGGCGCCGGCACCUUUACCUAUGCCUUCAAACCAUGUCAUCUUUUAUCUAAAAUAAAAAUGAAAUUGUA